GAGGAAAUUUAGGCAUGCUAUUGACGAGUGGAAUGCCAAGCAUGCAAAUGAACUAGGCUUUUCACUUGAUUUAGUUAAUCCUUCGGAUUCAAAAUUAAAGUAUGUUUGAUCCUUUUGGUUAAAGUUUUAAUUCUUUUGUUGUUACAAACAGUGCCGACAUUCGUUUCUGUGAUAUUGCGCAACGAAAUAUUGUCGCACUAUAUUUGCCCUUUAAUGGAAGGAUGCAGGGUGGACAACCUAGUGUGUAUAAACAUGAAUCUUCAGAUUACCGAACUCUUUUGAGCAUGUAUGAAGUCUUUCUACUUAUUUUUAAAAGAAAGAAUUAAAUUUGAGGUGUAAACGCUUGAGAUUACCUUGCCUUGUCGAUAACAUACCUAUCUAUGAUAUAGGUAUUUAAUUGUUUCUGGAUCCUGGAGAAUCCAAGCAUAAUUCGAAAAUUUAUUAGGAAAAAUUUAAUUUAAGAUAACCAAUUUGUUCUAAAAAUUGGUCCUAAAGCUGGAAUCUUAAGUCGUGCACUGGUUCAACUUAUUUUAAAAAUGAUGUGGAACUCGUUUACGAUUGUUUACAAACAUCCGGAUGGUUACGUUCAGUAAUAUAUCGAUAAUAAGAAAUUACUAUAUAGAUUUGGCUAAUCUUUUACCUAUUUUUGGACUUUGGAGAUCUGCUUCUGGUUCUCGUGUAACUUUUAGACUUAUACAACUUCCAACCGAGACUCAUGCAAAUAGAUAUUUAAACUUUUUGAAUUAUGUUCGAGAACAGCUACGACACACAAAUAUGGUUGACUUUUAACCAGGUUUAGGUAAAAACAAUGUUUAGUUAAUCCAUACGGAUGAUCUUGGCACUGUUCAUUCAAUUUUAACA